AUGGGAGGCGGCGCCAGCAAAGAAUCAGAGGAGAAACAGCGGAAGCUGCAAAACGAGGUUCGUGAGUUGCAGCAGAAGCAGAAGCAGCUCGAGGAUGAGAAAAGGCAGCAGGAGCAAACGCUGCUGGACGAGCAGAAGCGCCUUGAGCAACUCCAAGCUGAGCAGGACAAGGCCAAAGAAAAGCACGAGGCGGCAGCUGCUGAGCUUAAGGCCUUGGCUGAGCAAAGGGAUGGCCUGGAGGAGCAAGUUGCCGCCGCAAAGCAAGAAACAGAGCAGCUGAAGGCUCUGCUUCCUGCGUCCGAACUCCCAGAGGACACCAAACUAGCUGAGAUCCAUGAGCUGGAGGAGCAGUCAAAGGAGCUGGCGAACAUGCUGGAUGAGCUGGAAGAUCAACGCAACAGUAACCAGGCAGAGAAAGAGAAGCUGGAGAAGGAGCUGGCUGAGGCUCUUGGCACUGAGGAAGAAGAGGCGAAGAAGCAGGAGGCGGGUGCGGAAGCAGAGGCCGAGGCAGCUCCCCAGAAAUCUGCAAGCGGCAUGCAGCGAGUCGGGUCUUCUAGCCCAGGCAAAACUUCGCAGGUCAAGGAUUUGAGUCAGCUCCGGAAGAUUGCCCGGGAAGGCCCGCAGGAAGAGGAGCAAGCAGCAGAGUCUGACCCUGCGGAGGCAGCAGAAGCGCAGCCGGGCCCAGCGAGGCAAACAUUCACGGCCGACCCCGAGUCAUAUGCUCCCGGCACUGAGGGAUCAUACGGUGUAGAGGAGCCAGCAGCGGUAGAGCCCAUGGCAGGUGCUAGUGAGGCACCUUGGAGAGGAGCCUCCUCAAGCGAGCCCUCCGCUCGGACACAG